AUGAAUUCGAAAAAGCCUUGCCAAGCCGUUGCGAUUGUCGCCUUACUCCUUCUGCUUCUCGAUGGUGGUUUUUGUCUUUCAGACAAUGGCAGAACAUCCUUGAUAAGGGCCCUUCGAGGAAUCGAUCUUGAUGAACGCCUCGAAAGACUGAGGAACCUGCGCGUGGUCGACAUGGAUCAGAGGUCUUCCCUGGCGGCUACAUCAAUGAACACCGCAGAGCAUGAACCAACAGCAUCGAAUGAUCUAUUUGGAGGGGGAUCAAUAAUUGAGAAAAAUCGCCUGGAAGGGGUCGACGAAUACCUGUACGAGGGCGACAUCAAUCUCACCGAAGAACAACUCUCCGCACUUGAGGCGAGUCUGAAUAGUAAUACCACUCGCCAAAAACGGCAAGCUUCGAAGACUGCUCCGCUAUGGGCAAACAAAAAGGUCUUCUACUACUUUGACGCGGCUUUUGGUGAUCCCAUGAAAUCCCUCGUCAAGAAAGCGCUGAACUAUAUCAGCGCUCGCACAUGCCUUACCUUUGUGGAGAACGCCACAGCCGUUAACCGCGUUCGUGUAUUCAGCGGAAGUGGAUGUUAUUCGUAUGUUGGGAUGAUCGGAGGUCAACAGGACUUAUCGCUGGCUGAUGGUUGCAAUACGACACAAAACCAACACAACUACAACAAACUCACUGCAGCCGAAUCCAUCAACUACACACCGUACGAAUAUGGCAGUGUCAUGCACUACGACACUCGAUCGUAA